AUGAGUUCCGCCUUGCGUUGCUCUGGGACCUUGGAUGGCAACAACUCUGUUAUUAACUUUCAAGUGGGUGUGAUUCUUGAUUUGGAGACACAGCUUGGGCACAGGGCUUUCAAUUGCCUCACAAUUGCCCAUUCUGACUUCUAUUCACGUCAUCCAAACUAUAAAACAAGACUGGUUCUUCAUGCCAGGGACUCCAAAAGAAAUGUAAUUGAUGCUGCUGCUUCCGGUCUUGAAUUGUUGAAAUAUUUAAAAGUCGAUGCAGUAAUCGGGCCUCAAAAAUCAACACAAGCCAACUUCUUGAUGAAUCUUGGAGAGAGAGCGCAAGUCCCGAUAGUAUCUUUCUCUGCAACCAGCCCUUCUCUUCAACCUCCAAAAUUUUUUGUUCAAACAGCCCAAACUGAUGACACUGAGUACGGUAAUGGCAUUGUUCCUUACUUGUCUAAUGCCUUGCAAGACAUCAAUGCUCAUGUUGCCUACAAAAGCCUCAUCCCGGUAUCAGCUGACGAGGAUUUUACACUCAAAGAGCUGUACAAGAUGAUGACCAUGCAGACUAGGGUAUUCAUAGCACAUUUGUCGCAUUCUCUUGGGGCCAAGUUCUUUCUAAAAGCCAAGGAAAUAGGUAUGAUGAGUGAGGGCUAUGUCUGGAUCAUCACCAGUGGUCUUAUGGACUUCCUUCCUUCCAUGAAUUCACAUGUUGUGGAAGCCAUGCAAGGUGUAUUGGGGGUAAAGCCACUCAUUCCCAAGACUAGCCAUCUUGAGUCAUUGAGAUUGCAAAAGACAAUCUUUGACCCCGUCAAUCCUGGCUAUAAAUCAGCAGAUAUGGUGAGCAUUUUUGAUGUAUGGGCAUAUGAUACUAUGUGGGCACUAGCUAUGGCUGCCGAGCAAGUUGGAAGUCACUAUCCAGAAGCUUCAUAUCAGGACACAACUGCCGACCUCAAUUCUUCUGACCCAUUCAACCUUCCUAUCUCAAAAACAGGUCCUAAGCUUCUCAAAGCAAUUCUGACAACUAGGUUUAAAGGGCUUAGUGGAAUGUUCCAUCUCGUUGGUGGAAAAUUGUAUCCCACGUCAUAUAAAAUACUGAAUGUUGUUGGAAAUGGAGAAAAAGAGGUAGCAGUCUGGACACAGGCUCAUGGAUUCAAAAGGGUGAGACACAACACUAGCGACAAAUUUGAUUCAACCCCAAAGGAGGAAUUUAAUAGUAACAUCAUAUGGCCAGGGAAAUCUAGAGUGCUACCAAGGGGAUGGGAAGUUCCAGUUAGGGGUAAAAGGCUAAAAGUUGCAGUGGCAGUGAGACCUGGUUUUGAGGAAUACUUGAAUGUGAUGAAGGAUUCGAGGACGGGUGCUGUUCAUUUUAGUGGGUGCUACAUAGAAGUAUUCAAAUCAGUGAUGGCAGCUUUACCAUAUGCUGUGCCUUACGACUUCUUUCACUUUGAGAAGCCGGAUGGCUCAUGUGCAGGGACUUACAAUGAUCUUGUAAAUCAAGUGUUUCUACAGAAAUAUGAUGCUGCCAUUGGAGAUAUUACAAUCACAGGAAACCGAUCAAACUACGUGGACUUCACUCUGCCAUUCGCAGAAGGAGGAGUGGUUAGAAUUGUUCCAAUUACCUAUGAGGAUGACAAUAAUAUGUGGACGUUCUUGAAGCCCAUGAAGAAGGAACUCUGGCUCACAAGUAUAGCAUUUUUCUUUGUCACGGGAUUAGCUGUUUGGAUUCUUGAACACAGAAUAAGCUCAGCUUUUCGGGGUCCCCCUUCUCAGCAUCUUGGCAUGAUCUUCUAUUUUCCCUUCUCCACUUUAGUAUUUGCACACAGAGAGAGAAUGGUGAGCAAUCUGGCUCGUCUGGUUGUAGUAGUAUGGAUGUUCGUAGUACUCAUAUUGAACUCCACUUACACUGCUAGCCUAUCAUCAAGAUUGACCGUACAGAGGCUACGACCAACUAUUGCAGAUGUGAAGGAACUCAUCAGGAAAGGACAUUCUGUGGGCUGUUACCAAGGCUCAUUUGUAUGUGAUAUUUUAAGGGGGGUGGGUUUUGAGGACUCAAAGAUCAAGAUGUACAGGUUUCCAGAAGAUUAUGAAGAAGCUCUGUCAAUUGGAAGCAAGAGUGGCAACAUAUCAGCAUUUUUUGAUGUGGUUCCUUACUCCAAACUCUUCCUAGCAAAGUACUGUGACAAGUACACCAUUGUCGGCCCUACCUAUCGCACUGAAGGUUUUGCCUUUGUUUUCCCAAAGGGAAGUCCUUUGGUGGCUGAUGUCUCUCGAGCAGUUAUCAACCUAACAGAGAACGGUGAGAUGUUAGACAUCCAACGGAAGUGGUCUGUAGGUGAUCCCACAUGUAAUGGUCCAGACAGCAUUGUAACCUCAGUCAGUGUCUCACUACAAGGUUUCAAAGGGCUCUUUGCCAUAACUGGCACCAUCACAUCUUCAUGCGUACUUAUUUUCAUAGUCAUCUACGUUACCAAAAACAGAAGUUCUCUUCAGCAAAUUUUGAAUUCCAGAAGUACCGUUUGGUCCAAAAUUAAAGAAAUGGGUCGACACUUUGACCAAAGAGACCUCUCAUCUCAUCCUUCUACCAUGGCAGAAGUAGCAGAAAUUGUUUCUUCAUCACAGUCUGUUGACUUGUCCAACUCUAAUCUAAUGGUACUCAGUCUGCCUAUGAAUAUUCUUUCCACUCACUCCAACAACAUUGCAUUGCCAAACAUACCUACAAAUGCUACUUCUUCAAACUCCACCGUCUUGGCACCAAUUUUGCCAGAAGAAUCAAACACCGCCAUUGAUGUCACUGACAGGUUACAACAGCAAUGCUGUGAUGCACAACUAGAAUCUUAG